AUGUCUUCCGACAGUCUCGCACUCUUCCGCAAGAGCAUGGGCAAUGAGCUCGGAGCUCUUGCAGAGCAACACUACCAGCACGAUCUUCAAACCUCUGAUCGCGAUGCCCUCAAGUCUGCCGCAUCUCGCGUCUCAAUGCACACUACCAUUGGCUCUGUCGUAGGCUUCUCCCUCGGCCUCUACCUCUCCUACCGCCUCCGCGCCAACAGAACCGCCAUGUUUAACGCCUUCCGCACAUCUGAGAAGCCCGUCGCCGUCCAAUUCGCUGGUGGCCGUACCGAGAAUCUUCCUGAUCUCACACCUAUGCUUAAGCCAUCUACUUUUGGUGAUAUCGCUACAUACACUCUGUUCGGCCUGGGUGGCCUGUUCGUUGGUGGUGAGACUGGACUUUUGACUGGUGGAUUGAGUGCACAAAGUGCGAUUAAAAAAGAUCCUGAGUCUAAGAGGAGGAUCGAGACGGCCUUCAGGAAGUUCAGAGCUGAGACUUUGAGAUUGGAGGCUGAUCAGCUUGAGAAGGGCCAGAAGACUUUGGGACUCUAG